UUCGCCACCGUUCCCCACUCUAACUCCUUCGUUGUCUCCUACCUCGUCUCCACCUGCGGCUUCUCCCCGGAAUCCGCCCUCUCCGCCUCCCGCUACCUCCGUUUCCAGAAUUCUCAAGGGCCCGACUCCGUCAUAGCCUUCCUCUCCGCGCAUGGCUUCUCCGUCUCUCAAAUCCACACCAUCGUCAAACGGCAAAGUCGCAUUCUCCUCUGCAACCCCGACAAAGUCCUCCUCCCCAAGUUCCUGUUCCUCCGCUCCAAAGGUGCCUCCUCUGCCGACAUAAUCCACAUGAUCACCACUGGACCCCGAUUCCUCUUAGCAAACCUCAACAGCCACAUUGUCCCCACCUAUCAGUUGGUCAGAAGUUUCGUCGACUCUGACAAGCAAGUCAUCACCUGUCUCAGGCGAAACAUUUCCUUCAUUGCCAACAGUCGCGUUAUAUCUCCCAACGUCCAACUUCUCCUCGAUAAUGGCGUCAAACGCUCCAGCAUCGCUAUGAUGUUCACCAGCUGGCCCUCUAUCUUCUGCUCCUAUAACCUGUCCCACACUAUUUGUGAAUUGGAAGAAAUGGGGUUUGACACUUCCAAAACCUCCUUCCCGUGGCCAUGA